GCUUCUAAAGAAAUAAAGAAUGCUGAUGGGAGAACCAUUUUCCUAAUUUUCAAAUUGUUGAGCUGGUUGCCAUGAUGGAUGAUCAGCAAGCUUUGGACUCAAUAAUGCAAGAUUUGGCUGUUCUUCAUAAGGCUAGUCGACCAGCAUUAUCCUUACAGGAAACUAGAAAAGCAAAAUCUUCAUCACCAAAAAAACAGAAUGAUGUCCGAGUCAAAUUUGAACAUAGAGGAGAAAAAAGAAUCCUUCAGUUCCCCAGACCAGUUAAACUGGAAGAUCUGAGGUCUAAGGCUAAAAUUGCCUUUGGACAGUCUAUGGAUCUGCAUUAUACCAAUAAUGAGUUGGUAAUUCCAUUAACUACCCAAGAUGACUUGGACAAAGCUGUGGAACUGCUGGAUCGUAGUAUUCAUAUGAAGAGCCUAAAGAUAUUACUUGUAAUAAAUGGAAAUACACAGGCUACUAAUUUAGAACCAUUGCCAUCACUAGAAGAUUUGGACAACACACUAUUUGGAGCAGAGAGGAAAAAACGGCUUUCUAUAAUAGGUUCUACUAGUAGAGAUAGAAGUUCCCCUCCCCCAGGAUACAUUCCAGAUGAAUUACACCAGGUUGCCCGGAAUGGGUCAUUCACUAGUAUCAACAGUGAAGGAGAGUUCAUUCCAGAGAGCAUGGACCAAAUGCUGGAUCCAUUAUCUUUAAGCAGCCCUGAAAAUUCUGGCUCAGGAAGUUGUCCAUCACUUGACAGUCCUUUGGAUGGAGAGAGCUAUCCAAAAUCACGAAUGCCUAGGGCACAGAGCUACCCAGAUAACCAUCAGGAAUUUUCAGCAGAUUAUGAUAACCCUAUCUUUGAGAAAUUUGGAAAAGGAGGAACAUAUCCAAGAAGGUAUCAUGUUUCAUAUCAUCACCAAGAGUAUAAUGAUGGUCGUAAAACUUUUCCAAGAGCUAGAAGGACCCAGGGGACCAGCUUCCGGUCUCCUGUGAGUUUCAGUCCUACCGAUCACUCCUUAAGCACUAGUAGUGGAAGCAGUAUCUUUACCCCAGAGUAUGAUGAUAGUCGAAUAAGAAGAAGGGGAAGUGACAUAGACAAUCCUACUUUGACUGUAAUGGACAUCAGCCCACCCAGCCGUUCACCUCGAGCUCCAACCAACUGGAGAUUGGGCAAACUGCUUGGCCAAGGAGCCUUUGGUAGAGUCUACCUCUGUUAUGAUGUUGAUACAGGAAGAGAAUUGGCUGUUAAGCAAGUUCAAUUUGACCCAGAUAGCCCUGAGACCAGCAAGGAAGUCAAUGCACUUGAGUGUGAAAUUCAGUUGUUGAAGAACUUGCUGCAUGAGCGAAUUGUUCAGUAUUACGGCUGUUUGAGGGAUCCCCAGGAAAAAACACUUUCCAUAUUUAUGGAAUAUAUGCCAGGGGGUUCAAUUAAGGACCAAUUAAAAGCAUAUGGAGCUCUUACUGAGAAUGUGACUAGAAAAUACACCCGUCAGAUUCUGGAGGGUGUCCAUUAUUUGCACAGUAAUAUGAUUGUCCACAGAGAUAUCAAAGGUGCCAAUAUUCUGCGAGAUUCAACAGGCAAUGUCAAACUGGGAGAUUUUGGGGCCAGCAAACGACUUCAGACCAUCUGUCUGUCGGGGACAGGAAUGAAGUCCGUCACAGGCACACCAUACUGGAUGAGCCCUGAAGUGAUCAGUGGAGAAGGAUAUGGCAGAAAAGCAGAUAUCUGGAGCGUAGCGUGUACUGUGGUAGAAAUGCUAACUGAAAAGCCACCUUGGGCCGAGUUUGAAGCAAUGGCUGCCAUCUUUAAAAUCGCCACUCAGCCAACAAACCCAAAGCUGCCACCUCAUGUCUCAGACCAUACUCGAGAUUUCCUCAAACGGAUUUUUGUAGAGGCCAAACUGAGACCUUCCGCUGAUGAACUCUUGAGGCACAUGUUUGUGCAUUAUCACUAGCAGCCAGUAACCUCUCCUGUGCCUCUGCCCAGCUCCCAUCUAUUCAUUCACCUUCUCUCUGACUGCACUUUUCUUUUUUAUAAAAAAAGAGAGAUGGGGGAGAAAAAAAGACAAGAGGGAAAGUAUUUCUCUUGAUUCUUGGUUAAAUUUGUUUAAUAAUAAUAGUAACCUAAAUUUUUUAUAUUUAAUCUUUUUUUCCCUUACAAGAACUUGAAACUUCUUUUUUUUUUUUAAUUUUUAUAAUGUACUGAUGUGGUUCAGAGAGAUAAAGCACUUUAGUACAUAGUCACUCUUUUUAGUAAAAACAAAUCAUUUGGAAUACCUAAAGAUUGUAGAAUCUUUCCCUAUAUCACUGACAUAUUGGUGGUGAUGGGGAGACCUGGAAAAUAAGAAGAAAAUGAUGUAUAAUUUGUAGUUUUUAGUGCUAGUAUUUAAAAUAGAUCCUCAUUUGUGGGAUUGAGCCCUAAACUUGAGUUUAGGGUAGGUACUCAACUUAAAGAAUAUAGGUUCCUUCUUAUAUCUGUAUUCUUUAGAUCCUAACCUCUGUCUACCAAGCUUUUUGCUCAGUAGAAAUCUUGAUAGAAGAUAUGAAUCUCUAAAAGGUAUGUUUGUUAAUCCUAACCAGUAUAAUAAGCAAACACUAUAAUAGAUCCAUGUUACUGGAAUCUGUAAACCAUGAGGGAUAGCUUUCUGCUUAAAAGAAUACUAUUUUAUUUUAAAGUCAAUGAGCAAAUUCAAGUAAAAGAUGAAAGGAUAGUGUUCUCAUUAAAUAUGCGAGCAGUAGAGGAGACCACGUUUGCUAGUCAACAGAAAUAAUGAAAAAAAAGUUUUGUGUAUUUUAAAUUAUGAGAGGGAAAGUCCCAAAAUUGAAGGAAUGGAAAAAUAAUCAAAAUCAUGGAUACUUUCUUCCUAUUUUUAGCUCCUAAUUCCCCAUAAUUAACACUCUUUAGGAACUAAGAGUUCAGCCAAGAGUAUCCCUGUGUUUAAAGCUAGUGAGUGUCAUGAGAUGAAACUUUUGUUCUUGGCAUCAUAGAAUACUAAAACACCUCAGAAAACCAGAUAUCAUGUAAAACAGUGGAGCAAGGAUAAUUUCACUUGGCAUCUGGCAAUUCCUGGAAAUGUUUUUGGUUGUCACAACUGGGAGGAUACUACUGGCAUCUAAUGGGUAGAGGCCAGGGAUGCUGCUAAAUAGACUACACAAGGAAAGCACUCUGCCCCGGGAAUUAUUCUGCCCCAAAUGUCAAAAGUGCUGAGGUCUCUAACUGAUGUAAAGACCAGUCCCAGUUAUAAACUGAAAACAGAAAUUUAUAAAGCAGUAAAUGUAAAAAAGUAAAUUUCAAAGAGAAAGUGAUACAUGCAAAGUGAGCGUUUUACAAGAGCAGAUACCACUACUUUAAGUCAAGGAUGAAUGAUCUCAACAAACAGCAAACAGGAAUCACUUCUUUACCAGCUUCAUAUUGCACCCAAAUCAGUAACUCUUCCAUUUUAGAAACAAAAUGAAUUUGAACAUUGAGCUUUUUGAACUCUGCCAUCUGUAUAUAGUCUUUCCUUAAAAGUCAGUUCAUAAUUUUGGGCAAAGAAAAGCAUAUCAAAACAAAGUAUUAACUACUAACAGAAAGGUUCAGAAACUGCCAGCUAUUUCUAGUAUAAUGUAUCCAGUAAGAGCAAGGACAUUAAAUGGAACAAGACAGCUGGGAAAGGUCCCACUAUCUCUAAUGGAAUUGUACUAUUAAAAAACAUGAAGAUAAUAAUUUGGCCACCUGCAAUUUUUUCAGCAUAUUAAAGCAAGUGCUAGGUACUUUAUUUUUAAAGAUCUAGAAAAUAAGUCUUCUUGGAGGCCCUAAAUGUGAUGCCUGUCAUGGGACUCAUAGGGGACUCAGAUAUUCUUAUUUUCUGCCAAAAGUUACGCUCAUUUAGGGACUCUUUAUACUUUGUUUCUGAAGUUAGGUAGAUCUUGGUUUACUGUAUCAAGGUCUUACCUGGCAUUCCCUGUAGGAAUAUUUGAAAUUCCACUAGGUUGUCUGAGAAGUCAAAGCACAAAAUUAGUUGUCAAUGCUUCUCCUGUAUCUGCAAAUCAAAUGAAGCAGCUUGCAAAGAAGAGCAUGAAUUAGCUGCCCCCACCUUGGUAAAUCAACUGCCAAAUCUUGUGCUAGAAACAUAAUCCCCAAGUGUGUGGAUCUAUUAUAAUUUCAUUAUCUUUUAUGAGUGAGAGUGUCUUUUCUACUUGAGCAAGAUCAUGGUCUCUGGACCAGUGGGCUUUUUCUUCAUAUCUUUGUCUUGUGUGGUUGUGAUUUCCCUUUGGCUCAUUUUUGGUCUGUCAGGGUAACCAGCAGUGCAGAAUAUGACACAAAUGCUCUUUAGAGAAAUUGGGGGAGACUGUGGAACCCAAAGCAAAACUGUCUGCUUUUUUCAGUCUCCUUUUUCUUUUCUAAAUGCUAUAGAAAAUAAAGGCACUUGAAAAGAAACUACUACUUUAACACUGCUGCAGAGGGCCUUUGCUUUAUAAGAAAAAUAUUAACUAUGAGAAAGUAAUGUUCUUUAUGUAAAGACUUAAAAAUAGACUAACAGUUUACAGAUUUAUUAUAUAAAAUAUGAUGUGAAUUUAUUUCAAACAAGUUGUGAAGGUACCAAAAACCACAAUAAAAGUUAAUAUAUGUAAAAACUACUAGAACAAAAAAGCUUGAAGGUGGGGGUGCGGGUAUGGAAGACCAAAAGUAAAUUAAAAAAAAGAAAGUUUUGAAAGGAAACACCUCUAUCAGGGGACGUUAAAUAUAACACUCCGUUUUUUUCUUCUUUCAAAUAAUGGUAUGGAUCAACAAAUGAAAUUUGAACUUUUUAGGAUUACUCUAAAUGUAUUUUGUUUCUAAAUGCACAACUGAUUCUUCUAUACUGUAAUGUUUCUUUGCUGAGGCUUAAAAUGGCUAGACUGCUGACUUUGUGCCUUUAAAAUGCAUUCUGCUUUGACAGUGGCAGACUUUUUGGUGCUGGAGAAGAUACACUAGCAGUCUUAUAUAUGCUUUUCAGGAAAUAUCUUUCUACUUAGGCCUUGAGAGAUUCAAACUGGCAUGACUUAGGCUUGGACCAAAUGUAAGAUCUUUUACAUUGCAAACAAAAUGUAUCAAAUAAAAGGGUUGAGAAAUAUCAUAAUGACUAAUAGAAAUUUCAAUUGGUAAUUCUUUAAAAUGUAUUUAAAAGUAUACAGACUGAAAAUUUCAGUAUGAAUAUCUUGAAAAUUUUCAGCACUUGUUUACACAACAUCUUUCUAACUUAAAAAAAAAUGACUAUUGCCUUACAGAGUUUUAAAAGGCACAGUAACCCAUAAUGCUUAUAAAAAUUGAUAUAUUAAUACACUUGCUGAACUGUGAAAGAAAAGUUAAAACUUUGAUUUCAGAGUAAGUUGAAUUGGCUUUCACUUGAGAGAGUCUUUAUCUUAUUCCCAGUAGAAACUACAGCAAAAAAGUGAAACUAUUUCUUUAGCUUUCUGCUGCUCCAGCUCUUAUAUAUGUCAUAGGUUUGCUCUCUAGUGUUUCUGAGAUGGAGUUGUUAGAAAAUAAGUGAAAUUACAAAGAAAGUAAAGUCAAAUGUGAAUUGUUUAGCAGGAUAACCAAGCCAAAUGGAGAUUCCUUGGUCCAUGGCAAAGCGCUGUGCCAAUGAUUUCAUUUGGGGUCUAGGAACCCAUACCUUGAUGAAAAAAUCACCCGUUGUCAAUCAAGUGUACAAAUCUAUCCUUUUCAUAAACCAAAUGAAUCUUUUUCAUUUGCUCAUUCAAUAAUUUUGACUUACUGUAUCAGGUACUAAAUUAACACUCUUGAGGAGGUGACAGUCUAGGAGGAAUAUGGGCACAGUUACUUUAUGGCAUACCCCAACUCUGAAAGUUCAGCAGUGAUGUUUUAAAAUGUUAUGAUUAUUUUUUUAUGAAGUAAGGGAAAAACAAUUUGGGAUAGUUAUUGGCUGUUAUAAACUGAAAUGUCAUUAACAACCAGGAAUAGAGUAAAGGUAUCCUCAAAUUGGGGGACUUCCCCUUGCCCCGGUCACACAGCCUCUCUCUCAGGACCCCCUCUUACUGUAAACCAGCCUCUACUCAGACAGUUCCAGUGAUGGGGAGCAUUUAUUCCAUAACAGCAUUUUUUCCCCCAGAGUUCUCUUUUAAAGAAAAAAAAUGUUUUCUUUUGGUCUAAAUUGUGAAAAUACCCAAAACAUUUGAUAGAAACUGAACUCUGUCAACAGUGUUAUUUAUGUUAAGAUCAGGACAAUUUCUUUUCAACCAUAUUGUUUUAAGUUUGGCCUUUGUUACAAAUGUAAUGUUCAUAUUUAUUUGAAGAUCGGUUAAAUGUUAAUGAAAAGCAAUUCAAUUGUUAAUUUUUAGUAGUGCCUUUUUCUCUGUAUGCCUUAAUUUUAUUUUGUAUUAAUAAUAAUUCGUUACCCAUCAAAGUGAAGAUUUUUCCAAAAUCAGUAGGCUUCAUGACUUCAUUUGGCCUUAGGCUGUGUAUUGGCCCUUAAAACAUUUCUUAAUGCCUGCUUCCUCCUCCUACCCUUUUCUACCUCCUUUUUUAUUUAUUUAUUGUUUUGUAACGUUAGGAGAGAAACUUUAGCAUUUGUGUGUGAUAGAUGCACUGCAGUCUCCACUAGAUGUGAAUUCCUAACAUAGAAAGAGGUAUUCUCAUUCUAAAGAGACAUAGUAAAUUGUUUUCCAGGUUGACUUUCAAUCAAUGUUGGCACUGGCCAAGUUCUUUAUAUAUCAUAGUUCAGUUGUGAUUUUCACAGCAGAGUUAGCGUGGUUGUUUUUGCCCUAAAGAAGUCGUUCAAAUAGUUUACAAAUGUUGAGGCAGUGAGGCUUAGAGCAAUGAGCAAGAAAUCCAGGGAUAGCGAAUUCUAAUCCUAACUUUUUAGCUAAUGUUUUGACUAAUACUCUAGCUUACUUUUCUGUAAAGUGUGUGUUUGUGUGUGUUUGUGUGUGGUGUUUAGAGUUGGAGCAGGGGUAGGAAGGAAGUAGGGAAAGGUGGUGUGAGUGUUCAAUUAGAUCAGUCUCUGUUUUUGGAAGAACAACUCAAAAAUAUAUGACCUUUUGAUAAUGGAUAGUUGUAAUCAUCCUUGGGUAGGAAUGCCAGUACAUUUUCCACGAGUAGCUAGUACUAAUGAGUGUUUAAUAAAAGUAUUUACUGUAAAUUGCCAUGCUCUUGGUUGCUAAAAGUAGAUUAAAAUUCAGUUUGUGUGUGUGUGUAUAAUAAUAAGCUUAUAUAUAAUUCUUAAGUAGGAAGUAGUUGAUUUUACACAGUUCUUCAUGAACUCUUUGAAACAGAAAUUCUGCCAGACAUUAUCAAAACAAGCUUCCUUAGUUUACCAAGUAUUCAAAAGGAAAUUUUCUUUUACCUCUUUUUGGUUGGCUAGGGAAGGUGUGCCGUGAAGCCACUGCUCCUACUUCCUAGUCGUCUUUAGCUUGGCUUUGACUUCUGCCAUGGUCUGGAUGGGAUACCAUGAUAGACAGGUGUGGGAAGUAUCGGGCACUCCCCGUUUCCCAUGCUCACCUUUAAGAGCAGUAGAUGGUUAUGAGCUCUCAGGGGAACCUAGAGAUUCUUUUCUCAGCGGUAGUGCAAGCAUAAAGGCUGAGCUUCAGAAGGGUAAAGGAGGAGUCUAAGCUACAGUAAGAAAAGAAUAAAUUUUAUCUGUUGCCUGUACACAGUCUCUUACAUAAUUCUUCAUAUUUUUCAUAAUUGUGCAUUUUAAUUGACAGUCAUAUGGUAUUUUUGUUAAUAACAGCAAAAGCAUUAAAUUAGUGAGUAGUAUUAUUCCCUCUGCCUAAUGACUUCUUGUUUGUAACACACUCUGUAUUAUCAGAAUCACUUUAAACCAAAGCUUUUAUAUUCCCUGCACUCAUAGCCAAAAUUAUUAGCACUGUUACUUCUACCCUCUUGUAAGCUAAUAGUAUAAAAAUGAUAAAGCAGGUACUAGUAGAAUUUAUAUGCCAGUCUAUCCUUUAAGGAAAAGGACAGGUGCUCAGUGUUUGCAUUUAGACAUGCAGAAUUUACUUCUAUUAAGGAACUAUAUAGACAUUACAAACUUAAGCUUGUACACGUGCCAAUCUUAUUAACGUCACUUGACCAUAGGUGCACAUAGAUACACAUUGAUAUAGAUACACCUGAUGCCUCAGGUUGGUGGCGUACUUUCUUCCUAGUGUCUUAACGUUUAUGAACUUAUGUUUGACUUGAGGGGCAUUUCAGCAAAGCUGUGAAGAAAAGUAGGUUACUGACCUCUGCUUUGUGCCAUAGACAUUUUGGAACAUAAGGAAGUGUCUGCUCUCCAGUAAUGUGCAGGAUUUGUCCCCAAAUAAGGAUUUCUGAAUCCCUUAAUGCCAGUUGAGAACAGUAAAGUUCAUGACUGUACUGAAAAGCACUUUUGUGUUCAAUUAUUUAUAUUUUUUUAGAAUUUAUUUUUUAAAAGCAUAUGUAACUAAUGAUGGUUUUAGCAUUAGCAUUACUUGGAGGGGAGAGAGAAGUGACAAAAUUACAUCUUAAACUCUAUUAGGUACUUAGACUACAAAAUGGAUUUGACAUAUUAUUCCAAAGAUUGUUUUCCACCUGGAAUAAGAAGGGAGGACUAGUGGGAACCUUUGAGCUGGAAAGGCUUAUGGGCAAAAGGAAGUGGGCCAAACCCUUGCAAUAUACUCUAUCCAAUUGAAAGUACAGUGUCUAAGGAUAAGAAUACUUCUUUAAAAACAAACAAUUGUUUUAAUGCAAUCUUAGUAAGUGAAAGGUUUACAUUUUUUCUAUUGCUAUUGGUUUUAAAAUUUUCUACCCAACAUUCUGAAAUAUUAUAAGAGUUAAUACCAAAAAUACUUUUAAUGUCUGACAUCUCUGACAUUUCUCAUGAUUCUUUUUAGUCAUUGUAAAUAAAGUAAACUUGGAUAAAUUUGAGAAUAAACUUUUAAUUGUUGCAAACUAUGAUUAUCAAUUUGUAAAUUUACCCUUUGACUUAAUGUAUGUUUUUAAAUGUAGCCAUUAAAUUCUCUAUAUUUAACCUAUUGGUUUCUCUCUGUAAACGUUUUUAAUCUCAGUUGAAUGCUGGGAAGUUUAUAAUUAUGUACAAAGGGUUUUUUUCCUAUUAAGAUUGACUUUUUUGCACAUUUUGGGAAAUGUUUAAUUUGUACACUGAUUUACUACUAUGACCAAUAAUUGUUAAUGAGUGUAUGAGUAUCAUGAAUGCGUGCAUUGAACUACUGUCCGUGUCUCUGUGUUUUAACUUCUUUCAAGAUGUAGCCAUCCGUUACUGCACUGCUAUUACUGACUUAAAUGGACCUUCUUGCUUUUACAAAGUAUACUUAUCUAUGGUUCUAUCUUUUUUGAAGAACUCAGGAGUUCAACAUUACUUUCUAAUUUUAUAAUGUGUUCUAAAAUCCAUUACUAAGUUGAAAGUAUGCUUUGUAACUCUGUAUCAGGGGAUGUGUGUUUGUGUGGAGAUGUCUUUUUCUGUCUGUAGGCACAUGUAUAUAUCCCAGUAAGUUCUUAUUUUCAUUUCAUUUCUACAUUUUUAUGAACUUGUUUUAUAAGGGUACUAUUUAGUUAGGAUAAUUAAAUAUAUAUAAAAGCUUUCUGAGAGAUUAUUUACUAUAUAAAUAUAUUUUCAGCUGGCUGAUCAAAAAUAUUUUUUUAAUUUUGUUUUUAAUCAUUCGAAAUGUAUUUGUAUUUCCAGAAUUGGACACAAAUUGUACUUAGAGCUCAGUUAAAAUACUGUUGCAAGGAAAAGCAUUGAAUUCUCUUUUGAGAAUUCUAUGAAAUGCAAAUUAAGAGAAAAAUAAAUUUUUUUUUAGCAGUAGCAAAAACACACUGUCCACUAAAAUGGCCUUUGAAUUCUCAGAGCUAUGAAAAAAUGUGAGAAACUAAAUUGUUUGAAGAGAUGUCAAGAUUUUAUAUCUCUAGUUGCUGUUGGCCUGUCCUGUUGUUUUUGAGUAUUUCCUUUAUUCUACUCCAAAAGAUUUCAACUUUUAGCUUUUCCCUUACUAGGCAAGGUCAAACUCAGUUUAUAAAACAAUACAUUGGCAUAUUGUGAUUCUCUGUAAUUGACUAGAAAUUGGUUUAGAAAUGUCCAAACAUACAUUAUUGUGUCUUUAUACUGUACUGUGUGUUUUAAGUAACUGGCAGAAAAAGAAUUGGAAACUAAAUUUCCAAUCUGACAAUGUUAUUGUACUUAAAGAAAACCUUUUUAAUAUGCGGUACCGUGUAAAAUUAUUCACGUUAGGAAUAAAGUCCUCUGUUGAAGUUGAAUGUCACUAAGCUUAUUAUGUUAAAAGGAAUUGGGGUGAUUAGAAGAACCUACCAGAAGCCAGAAAUAGUGUGGUAUGUGCCACAUUUCAUGCACAUUUUGAUUUUGAGUUGUUCAUUCAAAAUUGUGCUUGUAAAAAUGUAUAAAAUUUCUGAGUUUUAUAAUUUCUAUGUACUUGUUUUUUCUUGCUGAUAAAGAGCUUUUUUUUAAUCUAAUAUAAAAGAAACCAUGUUUAUAUUUUGUUAGUGAUCAAUGAUUUGUUUAUAUGGAAAUUUGUAUAUUGUUGGCACACAUCUUUGUUUAGAUUUACGUGCAUGAAGGCCUGCAAUAAUUAGCACAAUGAAAAUUGCUUUUUCUUACAUGUUCAUUUUUUGGAAAGAUUGUGGUGCAAAGGCUUACUCUAAGUAACCUUCUGGACUAUGGAAUGAAUAUAAAUGAAUGGCACUUUGAGUGUUAAUAAAGCUGAUAUUUAUUUCCACUGUGA